GUUUUGUUCACGCGCGAAGUCUCAAACAGAAAGUAACAAUUCUACCGUCUUUUAGUACCGAUAACAUACAUUGCUUGAUCGAACAGUUACAGCCAAUUGUUCCAUAAUGUUGACCAGCAGCCAAGCUGAAGGUAUAGAUUCCAGAUUUUCUCACAUACUCCAGCCUAUUAAAGACCUUACAAAAAAUUGGGAUGUAGACAUUGCUGCACACCUGGAAGACUACCUUGAGGAGUUGGAAACUAUCGUAAUUUCAUUUGAUGGUGGUCAAACAACUAUGAACUUUGCACAGGCUGCAAUGUUAGUACAGAGCUCUGCAUGUGUUUACAGCAAAAAGGUGGAGUAUUUAUACAGUUUGGUCUACCAGGUGUUGGAUCUACUGGCAAACAAAAAAAAGCAAGCACAGAAGUCCUCUGUUGAUGAUGAGGGCCAUGAUGGUGAUGCUGACUUUGCUGACAAGAAUGCUGACGAGCAGUUCCUUAGCCUGGAUGACAUCCAGGAGGGCAAGAACCUCAACCUGAAGGAGGACUUUGAGUCACCAGAAGAGUUUCAGUUACUUCCAGAGAUGCCAUUGUGCCUCAUACCCCAUGAAGAAGGGGAAAAGGGAGAGAACCCUCUUCUCAGCAAGUCUGGUGAGGUGCUUGCAAGCAGGAAUGACUUCAAGAUGAACACAUCAUACAUUCAUGCUGAGGGCACGCUGCUACUGGACAUGUCCCACCUGAGACUCCUGCUGCAUUCUCUUCAAGUCCUGGAAAAACUGCAACAUGAAGCUCAUGAAAAUGCCCUGGAACACACGCCGGAGGGUCACGAUGCUGUAGAGGCCAGCAACAACCCAGUGGAUGAGGGUUUCCCCUUAGAGGAUGAGGACCCUAUACCGAUGGAUGAUGGAAGGGAGGAGCCACUGCCAGAGCAGAUCUCACCCCAGGCUAUCAAUACUCCGGUUGUGGGUGGAGACAUGCUGAGGCGAAGCAAGAGACAGAAGGAACUCAAGACUAGUGCAGCCACAAAACCAGUGAAGGACCCAUGGAAAGAACUGGACGCUCAUGAGGAGUCUAGACCUGCUAAACCUACAGCCAAGAAAGGUCGGUCUUAUAAGCUUUGUCCUGGAGUAGAGGACAAGAGCAAGAAAAGGAAACGUAACUCUGCAGCUACUCAGAACACCCAGUUGGAGGAUCUGACUUCAUACUUUGAAAAAAAAGUGUAUUCGAAUGUGGACAAGUUCCCGAAGAGUCAGCUGAAAGUGCCGACAUUCCAUGAAUUAGAGGGGCUGUACUGGUUGGAGUACAAACGAAGGCAAACUCUGCAUAGGGAACAGCUGAAACAGUUGAAGCAGAAGGCCCCAGAUGUGGCAGUGGAGGAGGAGGAGGAGGAAGAAGAAGAGAAUAUUGAUGCCUUCCCUGCUUUGCCAGCUGUCUUGGAUGAUGACAUUGAUGAUUUAGUGGAUGAUAACCUCUUCAAUGCUAUUGACAAUGCAUUAAGCUCAAAUGACCCGUACGAUCCUGCAGAACCCACAGAAAAACCAUGGGCAGAGAGACUUGAAGAUGGUAUUAUUCUCAAUAGCUAUGAAGAUUUAGUGCGGAAACAUGUGGAGGAGUACAUGAGCAGUGCCCAGAAGUAUGCCCAGAUCACAGAGCUGUCCCGACGUGUAUCCGAGUGGGAGGACAAGGUGUUGCCAAGGCUCGAAGAAGAGGAGCGGCGCGGCUCCUUUGACAUUAACACGUACGGCUCUGCAGUCCUUGACAGAUUAGACAAAGGCGCCACCGUGAAGUUUCGGGAUGUUGUUAGAGGGAAACCCAUCCAUGAGACCUGUCGCACGUUCCUGGCAUCACUGAUGUUGGCAAACACCAACAAUGUGAAAAUAAAUGAGAAGGGUGCUCUGAGUGAAGGUAUGGACAAGUUUGAACUGACAUUGCUGACAAGGAGACGUCAUUUUGAGCUGCUACAAGAUUAUCAUGCCCCGUCACUGUCCGAAGAACACUGAGAAGAGUGUAAUGGUAGAUCAGAUGACUGUUCAAAGAUGUACCAUUGGGUGUGCAUAAGUCUAACCUGCUACAUGCUAAGUUUUUAUUGACAAAGAUAUUACUACCCUUGUUACAACUUAUAUAAAUAACAAGGCAAACAAGUACACCUGAUUCUGACAUUGAUCACAUUUUAUUUAUGGGAUGUCAUCAUAAAGAAUGGAAAUCCAUGAAUGCCGUCAGCACAAUGCAGUUCUUUUUACAAAUGAAAAAAAAGAAAUUAAUGAUAUAUAUUUGGAAUCAAAAAAGUAAUUGUUAAUCAACUUAUAAUAAAACAUCUGGGCCAUUCUCUGGGAGCACUGGGCAUAUUACUGCAUGUGCUUAACCCUUUCAGUGCUGGAACCGAAUUUUGAAGGCCUUUCAUCUGGAUCCAAACUGUUUGCUAUUCUGAUAGUAUUCUUUGGAAAAAAAAUGGAAGAAAAUGCUAAUUUUAGAAAUUCAGCAGACGACAUUUUAGCAGACAAGAAAUUUCCCAGCAUGCAAGGGUUAAAGCAUGGCCCCUGAUAAGCCUGUAGCAUGCAAUCAAUACAGGCUUCUCAGGGAAUGACAAUUUCAGCAUUUACGGAUUUUUUGUUUUAAGAAAGUCUCCUCUAAAAUGAAAAUUAAGUUUGGGAAAAAAGUGUUGCCCUAAUUAGCCUACUGUAUUGGGCUAAGGUGGGACAAUACCCGCAUGCAUCAAGCAUAUGUUUGUGUAAAUACUUACCUGUUUGAGUCCGUGUUAUGAAUCAUCAUUCGAAAAAUUAACUUACAAUGCUUUUUUUGACAAAGAAUUUCAUAGCUCCAACCUUUUAUUUAAGUAAAUAUCAAUACCGGUCAUUUAUUGCCGUUGUAUCUAUUAAGGAACAAAUUGAUUACAAAUGUUACCAUGUAUACUUGUUGUGAGCAUAAUUUACAUGUGUCAUAAGAUCUUUGGUAAAUCUGGGCCAAGGCGUUUAAAAUUAUGCUCAUUAUUACUCCAAAUUGUUGUUUAUUGGCUAAUAAACACCAAUAUAUAAACAACUAUCUUGACUGGAAACUUCCUGUAUUUUAAGAUAAAACAGAAAGAUCUUAAUUGAUGAGUAAUUAUCCCCCGCCGUAGGCGGAGGGAUAUUGUUUUGACGGUGUCCCUCCGUCUGUCCGGCACUUUUAUGUCUUGAGCCAUAUCUUGGAUGUGCUUUGGCGGAUUUCAUUGAAACUUGGUAUGAGUAUAUAUAUGGAUAAGAGGAUGAUGCUCGCCAAAUGGCAUUGUACACAAUCGAAUAAUAACGGAGUUAUGGCCCUUUGUAUUUUGAAAAAAUGCUUUUUUUGUGUGUCCGGAGCCAUAUUUUGUGUCCAGAAGUAUAAUGGCAGGGCAUAUCAAUUCAACGAAUUUGCCUGUUUUAAUACAAGUCAGUUCUUUAGCUUGUAUGAUGCUCUGCUGAAUGGGGGAGUAUAAUUAUGGUCGCUGCUUUGUAGAUGAAGCCGAAUUUUUAUGGCAUUGAAUUUAUGUUGGUCUGAAACUAAUUUCCUUGAUAAUUGUUUCAAUCCUACCAGUUGUCUGGCAGGAAUACUUUUCUUUUCAUUAUGAGAACUCAGACUACUGAUUUUUCUUGUUUAACCCAUUUAUGCCUAGUAGACUCACCUAUCCUUCUUAAUUGGAUCAAUUGAUUUCCAAAAUUAGGGAUGUCUAGUAUAUUUAUUUCUAUAUUUUGAAUAUAUCUUACAGAAAUUCCUUAAAGCAAACAGCGCAGACCCUGAUGAGAGGCCGCAUAAUGCGGCGUCUCAUCUGGGUCUUCGCUGUUUGCCAAGGCCUUUUUUCUAGACGCUAGGCAUAAAUGGGUUAAGAUAAAAGCAAAUCAUGGUGUGCUGAUUCAUAUAUGUGAUUUCAAAACAGUUUAACUUCGCUCAUUUAAUAGAUAAGGCUGUUUGAUCCUUUCAAUGGAGAUUGAAGAAGAUCGCUUUAAAAUGAUGGAUUGUUAAGAAUACUAAGAAUAUUGCUUACCAUAUGUCUAUUUCAAUGGGUAAUUAUGAUAAUUAUGUAUGUUAAUGUUUAUUAUCAUGAUGCAAUAUAAUUUUAACAUAUUAUUUUAACUCAUGUAACCAAUAACAGACAAUUUUGUAGCAGCUAUAUUUCAUAAAUAUUUCAUGCACAUGGUUGAAAGUAUUAUAUCAGCCGUUUUGGGAAAAACGGGCUUAAUGCAUGUGUGAAAAGUUUGGUCCCAGAUAUGCCUGUUCUGUCCACACUGAAUCAGGCACAACUCUUUCAGCUUUUAUGGGAUAUAGUUGUUUAAGGGAAGUCUCUUUAAAAGAAAAUAUAUCAACUGCACAAGCUAAUGUGGAACAAUACUUUCACCCAUGCAUUCAGCCUGGUUUUCCCACUGACUCAUAUACAGUAAUAAAAGGUUAAACUUUCUCCAUGGAUUUCUGUACUCAUCAACCCCUACUUAUAAUGCAGCACUCUUUUUUAGUGGAUUUGUAUACCAGAUUAGCUUUCGGUAUGACCACAAAACUUUUCAUCAACUUACUGGUACUGAAAUGAUAAUGCUCAUAAAUUUAAAAAAAAAAUGCUGUAUUUCAUUUAUGAGUUCUAUAAUACUGGUCUUUUUACACUAUGUCUAGACAAGCCCUCUAAUGGAUUCAGAUAAUAUUGUUGUGUUUAAUAAAUUGCUUAGUCCAUUCUUUCUCAAAUAUGGUGGAUUAUUGUACUGCAAUAUCAGGGCCCAUAUACACCAAAUAUUCUCAAGACUUAACAAUAAAGACACGAUUUUAAGUAAUGUAUAGACCCUUUAAGAAAAUGAUUUAGUGUUUCUGAAUAUAUUUUGUGCCAAUAUUGUUAAAAUAUUUUAAAAGACAAAAAGAACAAAGUGAUUGUGACUUCCUAGUUUAAUUCAAUAUGUAUUAAAGAAUUUUUAGAUU